GGCUGCCGGGGGCGGUGGCGGCGGCGGCGGCGACGGCGGCAGCGGAGUGGGGAGGCGUCGGCCUGGCUCGGCCUGGCCUGGCCUGUCAGGGCGCGGGCGGCGGCGGCGGCUCCGGCUCCGGGUCCGGCACGAUGUCCCUGCAGUACGGGGCUGAGGAGGCUCCCCUGGCCGGCAGUUAUGGCGCGGCCGACUCGUUCCCGAAGGACUUCGGCUACGGCGUGGAGGAGGAGGAAGAGGAGGCGGCGGCGGCUGGCGGCGGGGUCGGGGCGGGGGCCGGCGGAGGCUGCGGCCCGGGGGGCGCUGACAGCUCCAAGCCGAGGAUUCUGCUCAUGGGGCUGCGGCGCAGCGGCAAGUCCUCCAUCCAGAAGGUGGUGUUUCAUAAGAUGUCACCCAAUGAGACCCUCUUCCUGGAAAGUACCAACAAGAUUUACAAAGAUGACAUUUCCAAUAGCUCCUUUGUGAAUUUCCAGAUAUGGGAUUUUCCUGGGCAAAUGGACUUUUUUGACCCAACCUUUGACUAUGAGAUGAUCUUCAGGGGAACAGGAGCAUUGAUCUAUGUCAUUGACGCACAGGAUGACUACAUGGAGGCUUUAACAAGACUUCACAUUACUGUUUCUAAAGCCUACAAAGUUAACCCAGACAUGAAUUUUGAGGUUUUUAUUCACAAAGUUGAUGGUCUGUCUGAUGAUCACAAAAUAGAAACACAGAGGGACAUUCAUCAAAGGGCCAAUGAUGACCUUGCAGAUGCUGGGCUAGAAAAACUCCAUCUUAGCUUUUAUUUGACUAGUAUCUAUGACCAUUCAAUAUUUGAAGCCUUUAGUAAGGUGGUGCAGAAACUCAUUCCACAACUGCCGACCUUGGAAAACCUAUUAAAUAUCUUUAUAUCAAAUUCAGGUAUUGAAAAAGCUUUUCUCUUUGACGUUGUCAGCAAAAUCUACAUUGCAACAGACAGUUCCCCUGUGGAUAUGCAGUCUUAUGAACUUUGCUGUGACAUGAUUGAUGUAGUAAUCGAUGUGUCUUGUAUAUAUGGGUUAAAGGAAGAUGGCAGUGGAAGUGCUUAUGACAAAGAGUCCAUGGCAAUCAUCAAGCUGAACAACACGACCGUCCUCUAUUUAAAGGAGGUGACGAAAUUUUUGGCACUGGUCUGCAUUCUUAGGGAAGAAAGCUUUGAACGAAAAGGUUUAAUAGACUACAACUUCCACUGUUUCCGGAAAGCUAUCCACGAGGUGUUCGAGGUGGGCGUGGCUUCUCACCGGAGCUGCGGUCACCUGGCCAGCACCCCCAGCCUGAAAGCGCUGACGCACAACGGCACGCCGCGCACCGCCAUCUAGUCUGCCGCUGUGGCCGCCGCCUCCGUGCGCCGGGGCCAGGAGCUGCCGCCUUGGGGUGGCCGGAAUCGGGUGCCUGGCCCCUAGAGACACAGGGUCGAGUUGCUCACUCGGGGGAAGCCCCUGCAGGCCGCGGUGCACAGCCGAAGUGCCGGUCUGCUCUGGACAGCCUGCCCCCGGGCCCUCGGGAGACCGCGGAACUCUGUGUGGCUUUCUCCUGGCUCGGCCCUCCUGCAAGUACGGGGACCUUUGGACCUGGAGGCGUCCCCAUCCUUACCAGGGAGUGUUGCCAUUGAUUCCAGUCAAAAGUAAUAGCAAAGACCGGAUUUUUAUACGCUUCACGUAGGCUUUCGUUUGAGUAGUCUCUCAAAAUUCUGCCUCGCUUAAGUUCUAACACUGCCGCUCCGAUUUGAAUCUUGGACAUUGCACAUUUCACACCUUUGCGGUGCACUGGUGCACUGGCUCCUAACCCGGAAGACAGCGACUCUGCGGAGGGCGGCGUGUCUGCGUCUCUUCCUGGAGGCUCGAGCCGGGAGAGGAGAUGCGCGCCCGUGUGGGGGCACCGGAUGCCUGGGUUCUCUCUCCUGUGUUCAUAACGAUCAUGCUCAGUGUCAUGAAGGGAUUUGAGACGAAUUUGUUUUCCCUAGAAUCCGCUUCCAGGGGAGGCACUCAUGUCACUGAACUAUUUAGCUCCCUUUUCUUUAACCUCCGGAUCAGCCUCUGCAUCACUUCUCCGCUCUCGGGAGUCUCUAAGAAGUGCUGUUCGGUGACCGCGAGUGACCCCCAGGCACUGGCGGGCUGUGCCCUGGGAGCCGGCGUGAGCACGUGGGGCCGCACCGUGUGCUGCCUGGCGUGCCGCGGCUCCCGUGGUACUCUCUCUGCCUGGGGUGUUAACUCGUAAUCGCAUACUUUGUGUUGAUGGGUGAUGCCCUUCCCGCUGAUGUCAACUCACACAUUAUUUUUGCUCCACAUGCCCAAUAGUCAUGCGUUCCAAAGCCACUGGACCAGCUGAGUACAUAAGUGCCACUCUGAACGGCUUCGUGUGUCCCGGCGGGGAGCCUGCGCUGAGACUCGCAGUGCCCUGCAGCCGGCGCUGACCGUCGAGUAUUUACGUGGACCACGGUGAUAGCCAAGAGAAAAGUGCUUUUAUAUUUAUAGAUGAUUUCAUUGAGCUAUAUAUAAAAUGGGUAUCAAUAAAUGUAUUUACUCCAAGAUCGGUCUUCCUCCUGGCCCCGGGUGGGGCCGCCCUGGGCCGGGCUGUCUCUGCUGCCUCACAGCCAGUUCGUCCUCAUGGGGGAUUCUGUGGCCUUGUGGCCAGGCGAGACGUGUGUGUGUUGGCAUAGGCAGGUGCCACCUGGGGCGCCCGCCCAGGGCCUGGCGCCAGGGCUGCCGUGUGUUGCCUGAGGAGGGUAGACACUGCCGGCUGACUCCGGCUUGUUUGGUUUCUUCCAGUUCCUGAGAUGCUCGUCGUUGACCCGCAGGGGCCUAAGCUGGGGGAAAGGGAGGAGGUGGAGAUGGGGGAGGAGUGUGAAGUUCACGGUCGGACUGCGCCAGAGGUCAGUUGUAGGACAGACGUGAUGGAAACAGUUGGAGAAAACCCUUAGCAGUGCUCCUCAGCCAGUGGCUGCUGCCAUGCGGUAGGUCCUGGGGAGAGUGCAGCUGAGCUGUGGGUGAGCUGGCCAGACGGCAAACUCAGACCGGGGCACUGUUCGGGGUGAGGCCUGGGGACCGGUCCUGCGGCCUGCACCUUCCCCUGGUCGCAGGUGGGGUUGGUGGCAAGGUGGGGCCCGUGCUUCGUGCAGCCCAGGCUCCUGUGGUGCCGUGAAGACAAGACUUCAAGAUGUCCACGGCCCAUACAGCCAGGGAGUGGGUAAGGAGGAAAAGUGAUACACGGUGGGAUAGUGAUAACAGUGAAGGUGAGAGUGGACAGCGUGGGAGGAGUGAAGUGGAGAAGUGAAAGUAUUAAAACUUUGCCUGAAAUAUUUGCGUCCACUGGUGGUUUGUGAAACCUGAGUGUCUCGUGGCGGGUGGGCCUGUGACCUCACAAGCCAGCACUCUCCCUCUCACGGACAGUCAUGCAUGCAUGUGAGAGAGCUCUUAGAACGGCCGUGGAAAAAACGCAUAUUAUGAAACUGCAUGGAUUCCAAACAUUUUUUAGACCAAAGUAAACUCAACUUCAGCCUGGCCCAGCCCCUGCCGUUGGGGCCAUCUGGGGAGUGAACCAGCAGACAGAAGGCCUCUCUCUCCCUCUCGAACUUCCCCUUUCUAAUAAAUCAAUCUUGAACUCUUGUAAUUCCAUUUUUCACAAACUAUUUGAAGUACUGUAUACACAUGGAGAUGCACACACAAACGUGUACAAUGGUGCCCCAGAGAGGUUGUUGGCGGUAUUUGUGAGUUGUAUUAAUUUACCUUCUGUGUGUUGAGUUCUGUGCUUGUACAAGAAGUGACAUAAAUGAUAAAAUGACGGUCAUUCUGCGUUGUGUUGGGGAAAGCGCCGUGUGUGCUUUGUGGGCUUCGCAAGGUUCUGUGGGUCCAUUUUUGUUUUGCAAAUUCUGGGAGCUUUUCCAGUGGUGCAGCAGAGAUUGUUCAAGACUGAGAGGCCCCGGGAGCCCGGGAGGAGCAGUCUCCAGAGAGAAUGGGGACUGUGCUUGGGCACAGCUGGAGCCAGUAUCGUGAAACUAGCUCCCCUUAGCCACGCGAUUUAGGAACUCUGGUGGUAAGUAGCAUCCAAGGACAGGAAGGCACAGCAACUGUGAUCGAUGGCUUCAGGUUUCCACGCGUUACCUCCCGUGCUCUCCGCCUUGUGAGGGAGUCACCGUGUACCCGUUUCACAGGUGGGAAAGCUGAGGCACAGAGGCAUGCCUGGGGACUUAAUUCCUGAGACUGCGUCCUCAGUCCGUCACAUGACUCUGCUUCCCCUGCAGGUGGAGGGGGUUUGCUCUUGGGGUGUUUUGCAGAAAAAGGAUUCUACAGCUAAGUUUUCUGAAUGUGCAUUCUGUCGUCUCCUUGUGGAGAUUUUCUGUGUACAGUCAAUAUUAAAGGCUCUGAGAAGAA